AGGCAGGAGCAAGAGGCCCCUGGAGUCGGCGGCACUGGGAGCUUUGGAGCAUCAACGGUAACGAUGACCCCCCUGCUUCUGCUGUGUUUGUCCUUGCCCCUCAUCUCGGCAACAAUACUGUAUGAAGACCAUGAAGACUUAGAUGGCACAUUGCGCGUCAGCAUCCCUUUGGAAAUGCCGCUACGUCCUCUGCUGGGCAGCAAGGUAGUGGUACCUUGUUACUUCCAGGACAACACAGUCAAUGACCCCGGAGCCCCGACCAUCGCCCCGCUCUCCCACCGCAUCAAAUGGACCUACGUCACCAAGGAGAAAGUCACCACGAUCCUGGUGGCGUCAGAGGGAAAAGUUAAUGUCGAGACAGAGUAUUUGGACAGAGUGACGAUGAUCAACUACCCACUGGUGCCCACUGACGCCACCAUGGAGAUAACAGAGCUGAGGUCCAAAGAUUCUGGCAAAUACCGCUGCGAGGUCAUGCACGGCAUUGAGGACAACUAUGACACUGUGGACAUCCAGGUUCAGGGUAUUGUGUUCCACUACCGAGCCAUCUCCACCCGCUACACCCUGACGUUUGAGAAGGCUAAGGCGGCCUGUAUCCAGAACAGCGCCACCAUCGCCACCCCAGCACAGCUCCAGGCUGCUUAUGAUGAUGGAUACCACCAGUGUGACGCUGGAUGGCUCUCUGACCAGACUGUUAGAUACCCUAUCCAGGAGCCACGGGAGCGUUGCUAUGGAGACAAGGAGAACUUCCCUGGCGUGAGAACCUAUGGCGUGAGAGAUGUCAACGAGACUUACGAUGUGUACUGUUUUGCUGAGAAGAUGUCAGGCAGAGUCUUCUACUCCAUGUCUGUGGAGAAGUUUACCUUCUAUGAGGCAGGAGAUCAGUGUGCCAAACUCGGUGCUCGGCUCGCCACCACCGGAGAGCUGUACCUGGCCUGGAGGGCCGGCAUGGAUGUGUGUAACGCUGGCUGGCUGGCGGACAGGAGUGUACGUUACCCCAUCAACAUCGCCAGGCCUCAGUGUGGAGGGGGGCUCCUAGGAGUGAGAACCGUCUACCUGUUCCCCAACCAGACAGGAUACCCCUACCCAGACUCUCACUACGAUGCUAUCUGCUUCCAAGCUGCUGAGGAUGAAGGUGCAGUGCCCAUGAGGACCACUCCUUUCCCAGACAUCAUCCGCAUAACACCCGCCCCAGGGGCGUACCCAGGACUCACCCCCCGACCUGGGGGUGAGGAGAUCAUAGGUGGCGAAAUCGAUACCCUCGUCCCACUGCCCGUCCCACCCAGCGUGACGGACACAUACGUUAAAGUGACCCCUGUGGUGCGUGAGCCUGGACUCGAUCUGACCGACGUAGAUGCUGAAAUGGCUCCCACUGGUGUGGUUUUCCACUAUCGACCCAUCACCGGUCGGUACACUCUGACCUUCCUAGAGGCUCAGCUUGCCUGCCAAAGUAUUGGGGCCGUGAUUGCCAGCCCGCAGCAGCUUCAGGCAGCCUUCGAGAAAGGCCUGCACCAAUGUGACGCUGGCUGGCUCCGCGACCAGAGCGUCAGGUAUCCCAUCGUAUCACCCAGAGAUAACUGUGCUGGUAAUCUGCCAAACCUCCCAGGAGUCAGAUCCUACGGCUUGAGGCCAGCCAGCGAACGUUAUGAUGUAUUUUGUUAUGUGGAACGUCUCCAAGGUGAGGUCUUCUUCACCAGUGACUACGACAGCUUCUCCUACGAGGAGGCCGUGCAGCACUGCCAGAAACUCAACACCACCCUGGCCACCACCGGGCAGCUGUAUGCCGCCUGGAACCGAGGGCUUGACAAGUGCCGUCCAGGCUGGUUGAUGGACCGCAGCGUCCGCUUCCCCAUCACAACCCCCAGGUCCCACUGCGGAGGCGGUCAGGUUGGUGUCCACAUCAUCUACGCCUACCCCAACCAGACAGGAUUUCCUGAUGAGCACUCACGCUACGACGCCUACUGUUUUAAAGCUGAAAUUCCUGUUGUUCACGUUGAAACCAGUGUGAAUGUGACGAUAGUGACGGAGGAAGUGAUCAAAAAGACCACGGUCGCAAUUGAUCAGUUUGCUCCCACAGUUGAAACUACUGUACUCUACAACGAAACUGAAAUCAGUGUAAAUAUUACUGAAAUAGAGGAAAUUAUCAACAAGACAACCAUCACAACUCACCAAGUUGCACCUACUGUGAGACCCAUUUUACCUCCAGUCCCUGUUGACGUGUCUGGCUCUGGUUCAGCUGAUCAUUCAGCCAGUGGGGACAUGUCAGGGGAGUCUGGGGACAUCUCAGGGGAGUCCAGCACCUCCGGCGCCAGCGGUGAAGCCUCUGGUUCAGGACAGGACGUCAUCUUCAGCGGACGCACUGACGUCUUCUCUGGAGAUCAUUCUGCCUCUGGAGGUCCUCAGGAGGCAGAAGGGGGGAGUGCUGUCAUCUUCACAUCUGGAGAACUGGGCAGUGCAUCUGGAUCUGGGGAGGAGCUUGACGGACAACACUCUGGCUUCAGUGUGUCAGGAUCAGGUUUCACCAGUGGAAGCGGGGACAUCAGUGGUAGCGGUGGAGAGUCAGUGAUCAUCAUGGUGGAUGGGAGGAUGGUGGAGGUGGUGAAACACCAAAAAGCCACUGAGCAGGAGGUAGGCCAGGGAGCCAUUGAUAUCAGUGGAGCUUUCUUGGAAUCAAGUUCAUCCGGAUCAGGAGGAAUGUCCGCGUCAGGCUCUGGUGGAUUUUCUGGCAUCUCGUUUGUUGACCACAGUGCCGUUGAUCUAACAGUCCAGCCGUCUGGUGAGCAGGAGGUGUCUGGACAUCACCCCUUUGGAUCAGGGUUCCACAGUGGCUUACCAAGUGGUUUUCCAUCUGGUCUCUCAGGAAGCGGUUCUGCCUCUGGGGACUCUUUCCAGCAUCGUGGUGAUGUCAUCUACCUAACAGACAAUGACAUGAUGGAGGUGACCGUGCCGCCACUGACACGCCACCCUGAACAGGGCCGGGGCGUCGUGGAGGUAAGCGGGGAAGGAAGUGGGUCAGGGAUCCACCAUGAAUUCAGUGGCAGUUUGGACCAAAGCUUGCAUCUCUCAGGAAGUGGAGCCCCGCAUGAAAAGCCAACCGCUUACACUGAGUACAUUGACAGUCUUGGCCAAUCAGGACAUGGAGAGGAGAGUCAGGAAGGCCGUGCAGGAUCAACAGUCUAUGUAGUGACUCCAGACGUAGCCUACACCAGCCCAACCACAGCACCAUCAGUGUCAUUAGAGACCCCUGCUGUUGUGGAGCAGCCUGCAGUACUGGAAGCCUCUGCAGACCCCUGUGAUCCAAACCCCUGCAGUUCAGGGACCUGCUCUGUGCAGGGAGAGCUCGCUGUGUGUCAGUGUCCUCAUGGUUUCACUGGUGAAGACUGCUCAACACCUGUGCAGGGCUGUGCCGAGGGCUGGUUGGAGUUCAUGGGCAGCUGUUACCUCCACUUUGGAGAGCGAGACACCUGGUCUGAGGCUGAGCAACGCUGUCAGGAGCUCAACGCCCACCUGGUCAGCAUCAGCUCCCAGGAGGAGCAGCAGUUUGUCAACUCCAAUGGUCAGGACUACCAGUGGAUUGGACUUAAUGACAAAGAUGUACAGAAUGAGUUCCGCUGGACAGACGGCAGUCCUCUGACCUUUGAGAACUGGAGGCCCAACCAGCCAGAUAACUACUUCAACUCCGGGGAGGAUUGCGUGGUGAUGAUCUGGCACGAGGGCGGACAGUGGAAUGACGUGCCCUGUAACUACCACCUUCCCUUCACCUGCAAGACCGGGCCUGUCAUGUGCGGAGCUCCCCCUGAGGUGGAGAACGGCCGGCCAAUGGGCAGCAGCAGAGAGCGCUACCCCGUCAACUCUAUAGUCCGCUACCAGUGUGACGCAGGCUACACACAGCGCCACCUGCCUGUGAUACGCUGCAUGCCGGACGGACAGUGGGAGGAGCCGCAAGUGGAAUGUACAGAAGCUGGCGCCAACAGCAACAGGCUACACAAAAGAUCCCUCAGGAGAAGAAGUAAAGGGGUCAGCAGCCAACGAGAACACAGGAAGCUGCUCUGAGCGGGAAUGAAAGGACAUACAACAGAGAGCCACAAAGGACCCCUCUUGUAAAGAAGCAUGGACACCAAUGCAAAUGCCCGACCAAAAAAGAUAACAUUCCCUACCAUGUAUAUAUACACACACACACACACUAAAGCACAUUUAGACAGUGAUGAUGUAAGUGACUGACGUUUUGGAUCUUUGAGUGUCACUCUGCACCUUCUAAAGGCAGUUUUCUAUGUAUUUAUACUGUCUAACUUAUAGCUGUGACCCAGUAUUUGGAAGCAUUAUCUCAGUGCACAAGAUGAAAUUUUCUGCAAACAGUUGCCAGCAUUGCACACGAGGUGACGAUCAAAUCGUCAUACAGUGAUAUAAGAGGCUUUAGAUUGACACACAAAGUCCAAAACAGCCCAAUAAAAGUGUUUUUGAUUGCAGCUGGAUUCUCUGAAGUGAAACACAUUGUUACAUAGAUGUUUGUUACAUUUUUAGGGUAUUUUUCUAGAUCUGUUUCUCUUAGUGUUUUUUAUUUCUUUUAUUUGGUCUUAGACUCCAAGAACAACAAUUGUGUGCUUCAGACUGGUGAAAUAAACUAUUUCUUACAUUAUAGGCAAAGGAAGUGAUUUUCAAACUUUCUGGUUGCGACCCCUUAAAAACCAGCAGUGACUCUGUUACCCUUCUUACCUAAAAUAUGGAGAAUGGCGAAGUUUGGAUUUGUUUUAUUGGAAUUAUCAGAGGAGGCCUUGAGGCUUACAUAAAUUCAGUAUUGCAUUAAUUCCAAAAUCUAAGUUUAUGUAGGGGGAAGCCAUGACGAUACAUUGGUGCAGCUUUUAAAAUCACUUUUCAAGACCCUAAAUUAUCGCGUUACAACCUCAGGUUUGAGAACCACUGGUCAAUUACACCACCGCAGUAACAGAUAUACUGAAAUGAUUGUGCUGUUCCAUUUGAUGAUGAGUAGAGAUCCGAGUAAAGACGUGAUUAAAGUCACUGCAACAGACCUGGAUUGAAAUAGUCAGCACUCAUGCACUUUUAGGAGUCUUCAGUCACUUCUGUGCUCAUCAUUUGAAUCCAGUGCACCUUAAACAGUAGGAAAAAACACAUAAAAAAAUCCCCAAUCCUCAUCUGUAGCUGACACAUGACAAGGAAACCGUACUGAACAAGUGAGAUCUGCAAGGUGACACUGAAUGGGCUGGCUUUUCUGCAGAAGUCCACCUCAUUGGCUCAUCUGUUGCAAAAGAUGCACACCCAGUUUUUCAGGUUGGGGGAUGUGACUUAUCAAGAGCAAUCACUGACCUCUGUGCCUGAUGUGAGAAUCACGCUUUUAUAAGAUUCAGCGUCUGCUGAAUGGAUGAGUUCCUCUCUGUAAAUGUUCUCACUACAAUUCUCUGAACAGCAGGAUCUGUCAAUAACUUGCACAGAGCAGACAAUUUAAUUGUUUGAUUCAUUUGUCAUCAACCUGAUGAUUUGUUAGUUAGAUCUGUUAAUUAACUGGUAAGUUGCAGCUACUGAGUUAUUUAUCAGGUGGGUAUGACUGAUUUUGACAGCCAGCUGAACAUCUUUGUGGAGGUUUCUGGUUGAGUUUCAUGUGACUGGGUCUUGGAAACAGAAAUGUGCUUGUUAAAACUCGCUGUGAAGACAAAUUGUAAAAAAGAAAAUUAGAAGAAAGCAAAUGGGAACGGUUGAGAUGGAAGAGAAGGUUAUAAAAUGUUGACCAUGACCUUUUAAGGUCAAGAUUUGCUUCAACUCAGAGAGCAGAUACUUGUGUCCAUAUCUGAUUUCUCGCACGAAAAUUCACAAACACUGUAACGGCAAACACACACGCUCACACACAGUCAGACUGGUACUCUCAUGGACACACACACACACACUUCAGUAAGCACACUACAGAAUAUGAAAGAGGACGAGUGAGCGUGACGACGCCUCAAAGCCAAACACCUAGCUUGCUCAAAGAUCUGUACGUUUUGUACAAGUAAAUAAAUGAAUUAAGUUAAUUUGGAUGCUCCUGCUGUGAACUGGAAUUUUACGCAACAGGAUAUGCUCAAAUGUCAACACAGAGCCAACAUUUAAGUGAUUAUGUGUAGGACUUAACUUUUGACAAAUAAACCAAAAUAUGUUUAACAUUGCAGACAUUUCUGUUGUGACUUCCCGAAUCCUGAUGUGAACAUACAGUAUACUGUACUGUGCUGUGCCAAA